UCGAUACGAUCAGUGGUGGACAUCCACCAAGCCAUUUGAUGGUCUCCCGGUGCACAGAAAUUAUUCUGAAUACUGUCAGAGCUAUUGACAUGAUGGAAUUCUGGCCUUUUGAGGUUGCUGCAUCGACUGCAUUGCUGGUUUUGGGAGAUGCCAAGGUUGUGGAUGUGGUGGAAAACUUCCCUCAUUGUUCGCUUGUAUCGAAGAGAAAGGUCUGGCAAUGCUAUGGAGUUAUCCAAUACUUGGAGAUGGCGAGGCAGCGCGACCAUCUGCGCCAAGCUCCUGCUUCGUCCCCCGUGCUUAAGAGCCCAGUGGGGGUCUUGGAUCAUGCCAACCUGAGCAUCAAGAGUGAUGAUCCAAUUGCUGACCAGUCUCAUAAAACAUCGGUCUGCAAGAGGAAGGCAAGCCGAUUGACAUGCCCUUUCAUCAAGCGGAGGAGAAUUAGUAGAUUAUGAUCUAUGAAGUUCUUCUGAUCAGUCGAUCUGAUCCACCUGAUUCUUUGAUUCUUAUAUUUUAUCCGGAUUCUGACUGGACCUUGGAG